AUUCUAUUUAAUAAUAUAAUCAUGCAAAGUUAAAGAGUAUAUGGUCAAUAGCUUGAUGUUUUACAUUACCUACAUCUUCAAAUAGUGGCCAUAAAAUAGUCUUCCGACGGACAUGGAUCGUUCCUAUCGAUCGAUAUCAUGUGGCUGUAUCUGGUGAUAUCCUUACUCGCGUUCACCUCAUCCACCAGUUUACAUUUGGCCAAAAACAAUACGCUGUUCACUGACGAACGUAUUAUAUUUUCUUCUGGUCUGAACAUAACCAGGAUCCUGGUGCCUUCGGACCGCAACAGGCUACAGGUCAGCGAGACCAACAUGCCCUCUAUAUUCUUCACGUUAUCCGAUCCGGCUUCGGAAGGUGGGACCUGCCUGUACAUUCUGGAAGGUCUGGCCGCUUACGAGAUCCUGGAAGGCGGUACGGACGCCACGUCCGCAUAUGACGACCAAACGAUUUACUUCGCUUCGACGAAUGGCCUCUACAGAUUUGAGCCGUCAACUAUGUCGGCGAAGAAAUUCGGACCCUUUCGCGACCACAUCGUGCAAUUGCAGAAAGCAAGUGGAAGCGACGAGAUAUUUACUCUCAACGACAAGAACGAGGUGUAUAGGAUGGAGAAAAAUGGAACCGUGAAAACAAAGAUGUCCGAUAUAUGCGCUGAGCAAUUCGUUUUGGACACGUCGAAUAAUUUGUAUUACGUUUCUUGCGGCGAUAAUGUAUUGAGAGCGCUGAUGUACGGUAGUCCGAUAACGGUAGCCAUGGUCGAAGAAUUCAAUGAGAUUAAGCUCUUAAGACCGCCAUUCAUUCUAGAAUCUUCGAUUCCUCUGUUCGGCGAUAGAGUUUUGUAUUUGUUCUAUUCAAACGGUACCAGUGAGAGGAAGGAUUUAGAGCUCAGCGUAAUGCCGACGGCGUUUAGUGUUGACGCCGCAUUGUAUGUAGUUGCGGCUUUGAACGGGAAAUUGUACGAAUUUAACGUUUUCGAGGUUAUGUCCUGCUCGAUGUUUCGUAGUUCCACAAUUUCACCGACAGAUGUCUCCGAAAUCCUAAUGGCGGUCUUGCAAAAUGGCGACGAUGGUUCUUCUUAAAUUAUCGACCACUUUCCGGGAAGUUGAUUUGUCUUUUGUUUGUUUUCUUAAACUUUUUUAAGCACUAACUCAAUUCAAACUUGAAUCCGUGGUUUGUUUUUAAUGAAAUGAAUAAGAUAAAUACAGUUAGAAAUGCUCCCGAAAUGUGAUAUCGGCGAUCCUAACGGGGGUUAAAUAGAUGUUCUGUAUACACACGCGGAAUAGCCUCUGCUUUAAA